AUGCACCGACGGGUGCACACGGGAGAACGUCCCUUCGGCUGCUCGGAGUGCGGCAAGACAUUCUCCCGUUAUGGCAACCUGCUGCAGCACAACGUCGUGCACUCCGGCGAGAGGCCCGUCGGCUGCUCCGACUGCAGCAAGAACUUCAAGAAGGCGCAGGACCUGGAGGCCCAUCGGCGGGUUCACAUGGGAGAACACCCCUUCGGCUGCUCCGACUGCGGCAAGAGCUUCAAGACGACGCAGGACCUGCAGGACCACUGGCGGGUUCACACAGACGAGAAGCCCUACGGCUGCUCCACCUGCAGCAAGAGCUUUGCCGACUCAUCGAAGCUACGGCAGCACAUGCGGGUGCACAGCAGUGAGCGGCCCUUCACCUGCUCCGACUGCGACAAAGGCUUCAAGACGUCCACGGCUCUGAAGGUGCACAGGCACCUGCACACCGGCGAGCGGGCCUACACCUGCAGCAACUGUGGAAAGGGCUUCACUUGCUCCAGCAGCCUGCUGAACCACCAGCACACCCACACCGGCGAGCGCCCCUACACCUGCGCCCAGUGCGGCAAGGGCUUCACCCAGUCCAGCCACCUGCUGGUGCACCAGCGCACCCACACUGGCGAGCGCCCCUUCACCUGUGCCCAGUGCGGCAAGGGCUUCACCCAGUCCAGCAACCUGCUGUCCCACCAGCGGUGGAUACACACCGGAGAGAGACCCUUUGUGUGCGCUGAGUGUGCCAAGGGUUUUACCCACAUGUCCAGCCUGUGGCAGCACCGGCGUAUCCACUGCGGUGAGCGUCCCUUCCCCUGCCCGUCCUGUGGUAAAGGCUUCACCCGCCUUGACCACCUGCUGGAGCACCGGCGAGUUCACACCGCCCACGAGAGGCCCUUCACCUGCUCCAACUGCAGCAUGAGCUUCAAGACGGCGAAUCACCUGAAGAUACACCGGCAGGUGCACACGGGCGAGAAGCCCUAUGGCUGCUCCACAUGCGACAUGAGCUUUGUCCAGUUGUCGGGGCUAAGGCAGCACUUGCUGGUGCACAGCAGUGAGCGGCCCUUCACCUGCUCCGACUGCGGCAAAGGCUUCAAGUCGUCCAAUCACCUGAAGAGGCACAGGCGCCUGCACGCCAGCGAGCGCCCCUACACCUGCAGCGACUGCGGCAAAGGCUUCACCCAGUCCAAAGACCUGCUGUCCCACCGGCGCCUCCACACUGGGGAGCAACCCUACCGCUGCACCGAGUGCGGCAAGAGCUUCAUCCAGUCCAGUCACCUGCUGGACCACCAGCGCACCCACACCGCGGAGCGGCCCUACACCUGCGACCAAUGCGGCAAGUACUUCAGCUGCUCAAGCAGCUUGCUGUCCCACCAGCGCACCCACACCAGGGACCGCCCCUACGCCUGUGCCCAGUGCGGCAAGGGCUUCACCCACUCAAACACCCUGCUGUCCCACCAGCGCACCCACACCGGGGAGCGCCCCUACACCUGUGUCCAGUGCGGCAAGAGCUUCACCCACUCAAGCACCCUGCUGUCCCACCAGCGCACCCACACCGGGGAGCGCCCCUACGCCUGUGUCCAGUGCGGCAAGAGCUUCACCCGGUCCAGUCACCUGCUGAUGCACCAGCGCACCCACACUGGGGAGCGGCCCUACACGUGCACCCAAUGCGGCAAGGGCUUCAUCUGCUCCAGCAACCUGCUGGUGCACCAGCGCACCCACACCGGGGAGCGCCCCUACAUCUGCACCCAGUGCGGCAAGGGCUUCACCCGUUCUAGUCACCUGGUGGACCACCAGCGCACCCACACCGGGGAGCGGCCCUACAUCUGCACCCAGUGCGGCAAGGGCUUCACCCGUUCUAGUCACCUGCUGGAGCACCAGCACACCCACACUGGCGAGCGCCCCUACACCUGCGUCCAGUGCGGUAAGGGCUUCACCAGCUCCUCCAAGCUACUGGCCCACCAGCGGGUGCACUCCGGCGACCGUCCCGUUCCCAGCCCGGUGUGUGGAGAGCGCUUUGCCAUGGCCUCCCAUGCCCUGUCUCACCAGCGCGUGCACACCAUUGGCCAGCCCUACGACUGCCCGUACUGUGGUGAG